CAUCAUCGAUUAUUGUUGGGGUGUGAUUUUAAGUUCAACUUCCAUUGUGGUAUUCAAGCUCGCCAUGGAAUCCCAAAGAAUGGCAAAUAAAUCAAGCACAGCAACGGGAAAAUUACAGUGAUUGGAGCUGGACAUCAGGAGAGGGGACUGUGAGUUAAGAAGUGUCAUGAUUGCCUUAAAUUAAAGUUAUUGUCAUACUCUCAUGCGCAGACAUGGAAACUGGUACGGAUUGAUCAAGGACGAAUACACCCCAUAUUCAGUCCGAUUCUGACACGUCGCGGGAAUAAGACCUACGGUACUAUGAAGACCUGGAUAAAACUCUAUACAAUUCUAUAUACAGAAAAAGUGUUGCAGAACAUACAUGUGUAAACUGCACCUAUAUGAUUGUACUGGUCGAUCUGACUGUUGAGCUUUACAGAUUUCCCAAACAAAAUUGCAUGGAUUGCGGAAUAUGCUCAUCUUUAUUUUAAACUGAAGUGAUGUCAAGUGAUGAACAGUUGCUUUCUAAUCUCCAAGAAAGGAAGAUUGAAUAUAGUGAACUUUUGAACUGGAUUCCACUGCCCAUUCACCUUGGACAUCUCGGAAUCUUACGACAGAUAAUUUUCUUACACGUUUUAUUAUUUAUUAAGUUAAAACAAGAUUAUCAAAUUAUGAUGAACGUACACAAGUCAAAAUAACUGCUUUCAAGGGGAAUCAAAUCUUUUUAAAGCCUUUCAUAUCAAGUUGUGCAGAUCUCGCCGGUUCUCAUGGGAAUAAAACACUCUUCUCGCUGUAUGCUUCUGAGGAGAAAGAUGGCGGAGUCAGAGAGCUCUGAGCAGCCACAGCCACAGCCAAUCCGCAUCAUCCAGUCCCAGUCCACCCAGCCCACCCCAUUGCCCAGGCCCGUGCCCUCCGUCCACCAUGUGCCUAGGCCACCCCACACGCCUCACUCUGCCAGCCUGCCCAGCUGUCCCGGCCGAGGGAAGAUGGCCAAGUCCCUCAACCCAGAGGACAUGACUUCCAGAGACUACUACUUUGACUCCUACGCCCAUUUUGGCAUCCACGAGGAGAUGCUGAAGGACGAGGUGCGGACCCUGACCUAUAGGAACGCCAUGUACCACAACAAGCACGUCUUCAAAGACAAGGUGGUGCUGGACGUGGGCAGUGGGACAGGCAUCCUGGCCAUGUUCGCUGCCAAGGCAGGAGCCAAGCACGUGUACGGGAUUGAGUGCUCCAGUAUAUCUGAAUACUCUGAGAGGAUCAUCAAGUCUAACCACUUGGACAGUGUCAUCACCAUCUUCAACGGCAAGGUGGAGGAGGUGGAGCUGCCUGUGGAGAAGGUGGACAUCAUCAUCUCUGAGUGGAUGGGCUACUGCCUGUUCUACGAGUCCAUGCUCAACACGGUCAUCUUCGCCAGGGACAAGUGGCUGACACCUGGAGGCCUGAUGUUUCCAGAUCGUGCUGCCCUGUAUGUGGUGGCCAUAGAAGACCGGCAGUACAAGGACUUCAAAAUACACUGGUGGGAGAAUGUGUACGGUUUUGACAUGACUUGCAUCCGGAACGUGGCAAUGAAGGAACCAUUGGUGGACAUAGUGGACUCCAAACAUGUGGUCACCGACUCCUGCCUGGUCAAGGAAAUAGACAUCUACACAGUGAAGACUGAGGACCUGUCCUUCACGUCCGCCUUCUGUCUGCAGAUCAACAGGAACGACUAUGUCCACGCUCUGGUCACCUACUUCAACAUCGAGUUCACCAAGUGUCACAAGAAAACUGGCUUCUCCACCGCCCCUGAUGCCCCGUACACUCACUGGAAGCAGACAGUGUUCUACUUGGAGGACUACUUGACAGUUCGCAGGGGGGAGGAGAUCAUUGGCAGCAUCGCUAUGAAGCCCAACGAGAAGAACAUACGUGACCUGGAUUUCACAUUUGAGCUCGACUUUAAAGGACAGUUGUGUGAGGCAGCCAUCUCCCAUGACUACAAGAUGCGCUAGGUGGCCAGCAGGGGGCGCCAGUGCUGAGAGCGGCCCGGCCAACCUACAGAGGGGGCUGAGAGCACUUGCCUGGAAUACACUGCGCCCCGAGAGGAGCCAUUGAGAGAGGGAGAGGUAGAUGAAUGGAUGAGACGAUAGACCAGAUAGGAUGAUGCUCACGUCAGAAGAGCAUCACAGCUGAAAGGCCCGUCAAGCAAUAUCAGAAAUCCUCCACUGGCUACUAGCUACUAGGCUGACUGUUUUUUCAGAACAACUUUGAAUGUAACACCUUUUGAAUCAGAGAAUGUUCUUCUAUGGUAUUUAUGAAUGUUAUUCCGUAUGUAAGAGAUCAUCUUGUUUUUGAUUUGUAUUGAGUUAUUGGUCUUUGUUCUUCUAAAAUAAUAUAACCACAGACAUGAAGGAGGUUCAGUUGCACUUAUAAAUACAUUUACAUAUAUCUCUGUGGAAGAGAUGUUAGCUCCUGUGUUUAACGGCUAACUGGAAUCUCCACUUAUUUGUUAUUGUACAUGUAUUAACUUUAGGAUAGACAUUCAAAAAUGAGUUAUUAUUUCCAUCAAUUAAGCCUUUGCUCUUUUGAUUGUUUAAAAAUCAUGUUGACUUUGUGUGUAAAGUACAGCCAUUAUUCAAGCCAAGGAAAAAUCAUUGCAUAUGUGUCUUGUGAACGUUUGUUUGUCUUUGCAAUCAAGUGAUACACUGUAACUUAAGGGAGUGUGCAAUGUAGUGUCUGAAGACUCACAAGAUGUAUGCACAGUUUGCACUCCAAAGGGAGCUUUGUGCUCUCUUUGUGAGUGAACAUUGUCAGUAUGUCAGGUGGUCUAACUGUCCUUUCUCCAAAUACCAAGAUAAAGAUUUGGACUUUUACAAUGACAUCCUGUUAUUCAUUCUUA